AUGAGCAAAUGUGAACUCUCCAAAAGUGAGGUGGUCUACCUGGGUCAUGUUAUCUCAGCUACUGGUAUCCGCCCUGACCCGAGGAAAACGGAGGCUUUCAUGGAGUUGAAGGAGCCUUCAAACGUGAGCGAGGUGAGGGGUUUUCUUGGAAUGGUCAACCAGCUUGGAAAGUUUAUUCCACAGCUGGCGGAGAAAGACAAGCCCCUCCGCGACCUCCUGUCAAAGAAAAAUUGCUGGGUCUGGGAGACAGAUCAGGCUAGAGCAUUUGAAACGUUGAAGAAAGCCCUAUCUUCACCACCAGUACUUGCUAUGUACGACCCGAACUGA